AUGGCGUCGCUGCUAGAACUUGCGAGCAACAAUAUUGGCCUUUCUUCUCUGAUUCUUUCCUGUUUCGGCUUAACGUGGCUGUACUACAGGCGCUCAUCUACACUUGUCAACGUUCCUGGACCCCGACCUUCAUCGUUGCUAACAGGGAAUCUUUUGGAUGUUGUUGCACCCGCUACUGGACGCGACUGGCUGCUGAAUGUGAGCAACUUGUAUGGAGGAGUAGCGAAGCUGGGAACGUUGUUUGGGGGACAUUCCCUUCUUGUGCACGAUCCCAGGGCUCUACAUCAGGUUUUGGUGAAAGAUCAGGAUAUUUUUGAAGAAUGGAGCGCAUGGACGACGACCAACUCACUACUCUUCGGUCCAGGGCUGCUGGCUACAGUGGGGAGCCAGCACAAGAAGCAGAGGAAAAUGCUAGGCCCUGCUUUUUCAGUCAAGCAUCUUCGUGUCAUGACCCCCAUGUUCGUCUCCAUUGCUCGCGAACUCGAGUCUCAUCUUUCGUCAAUCGCGCAAAGCACUCCUCAGGAAGUCGAUGUCAUAGGAUGGUUGACCAGAUUUGCGCUCGAGGCGAUCGGUCGAGGCGGUAUGGGCCGCUCUUUUGGAAACAUGUCCCAGUCCACAAUCUUCUCAGAAGCCGCAAAACAAUUGACAGCAACAUUGUCGGUGAUGAGCCCAGGCGCCACACUUACCCCCUACUUCAAGUAUCUAGGCCCAGCACAGUUCCGCAGGUUCCUCCUCAAGUCGAUUCCCUGGUCCCUACUGCAGCGGCUAGUGGAGAUCGUUGAUAUAAUGGACGACGAGGCGAAGAAGAUUCUGGCGGAGCAGCAGAAGGAUCUGGGUAGGCAUGAGAAGGACAACGACACCAAAGACAUCAUCCGAAUUCUUCUGAGGGCGAACCAGGCGUCUUCUGAGGAAGAGCGCAUGACGGAGGAUGAGCUCGUCGCUCAGAUAUCCAUUCUCGUUUUCACGGCAAUGGAUACAACAUCCACAGCAAUUGCGCGUGUCUUGCACCUCCUAGCCUUGAACCCCGAUGUGCAAGAAAGACUCCGAGCCGAGGUCGUCGAGGCGUACCACCACAACGACGACGCAAUUGACUUCAAUAACCUUUCUGCACUGCCAUAUUUGGAUGCUAUCAUUAAAGAGACGCUGCGAGUAUACCCACCGAUUCCAAUGAUGUUCCGACAAACACUCAAAGACGCUGUACUCCCGCUGUUACACCCCAUCACCGGCGAAAAUGGGCAAAUCCUAAACGAAGUCCACGUCGAAAAGGGGACAGAUAUCGUGGUGAACAUCAUUGGUGCCAACCACAACCCCAAGACGUGGGGCCCAGAUGCGAGCGAGUGGAAGCCUGACCGAUGGCUGGCGGAGCUGCCCGAGAGCGUGACGAAGAUCCAUGACCUGUCCGGAGUGUUUGCACACCAGAUGACGUUUAUCGCUGGAAACCGGUCAUGCAUUGGAUUCAACUUCGCACAACUAGAAAUGCGCGUGGUCCUCGCCAUCCUCAUUCAAACCCUUGAAUUCAGCGUGCCUAAAGACAAAUCGAUCGCAUGGAACUCGGGACUUUUGAUGACACCAGUUAUCGAAGGAGAUUCGUCCAUUCAUACCCAGAUGCCUUUGAUUGUGAAGAGGAGGAAUCUGUAA